GCCAUGGCCGAGGGCGUGGCGGCCUCCGCAUCGGGCGGCGCGGGCGGCCGGGGCCUGCACGGCGGCAUCAUCCAGUGGUUGGUUGACAACUUCUGCAUCUGCGAAGGGUACAGUGUGCCUCGCUUCCUCAUGUAUGAGAUUUAUGUGGAGACCUGCGGGCAAAAUGCUCAGAACCAAGUCAACCCAGCCACGUUUGGGAAGCUCGCGCACUUGGUUUUCCCUGAUCUUGGCACCUGGAGGCUGGGCACAAGAGGAAGUGCCAGGUAUCAUUACGACGGGAUCUGUAUCAAGAAAAGUUCUUUCUUCUAUGCCCGGUACUGCUGCCUUCUGGGUGAAAAAAGAUGUCACAGGGUGACAGUCAUUCGCCGAAUAAGACAGACCCCGUCGGAUCGCCUUUGUCUGAAUUCAGGAGGUGUCCAUUCUGGGAGCAGGAGCUGGCAAAGAAGUACUCCUACAAAAUAGUGGCCUUUCUUGCUGAUGAAUACUGCAACUAUUGUCAAGACAUUUUGCAGAACGCGAGGAACCAAGAACUCGACUCACUCACGUCCUUCUGGAAAUCUCUGCAGCAGGACACAGUCGUGCUCCUGUCAUUGCCUGACGUGUGCCAGCUCCUUAAAUGCUACGGCGGACAGCUGUCCAAGCAUCUGAAAUCUGUCCAGUUGUUCAGUAAGAAGUUUAAGCUGUGGUUCCUCACUGCUCUGGAAGGUUUUCCAGCCCUCUUACAGAUCUCCAAGCUCAGAGGUCUGCCACGCUUGCACCCUGUGCGCUCCCUCCCCCGAGGGCCCGCAGAACAGGCCACGUCUCAUCUUCACCCACGCCUGGCAUCCCCAGCACCCCGGGCUGUGUUAAGCCCUGUCUGACCCACUUGGAAAAGUUCACGUGCCCAGGCUGGGCCCUUGGGCCCGUGUGAUUGCCAGCCAAGAAGGCAGCAGGAAGGGUCCCGCAGAGAGAAGGAUCUUCAGUAGCUUCCUCGUUGAUGGGCCUGCCUGCAGCCUUGCCCCGCCUCGGUGACACGCCCCUCCCCUCCCAGCAAGUGCUCUGUAACAGCGAUUCGAUCAGUUAACGACUGUCCACGGCCGCCAUUGCCCGGAUGGUCCUCCCCCCUUCAGUGCUUGGCCUCUGGCCCGACCCUGUCCCCACGGCCCCCCGUGACCCACUGGCGCUCCCCAGCACCGCAGACUGGCCGUCCCCAAGAGGCCCUUAUUCCUACUGCUGUCUGUGCCUAGUCGCCCCCGCCCCCCCGCCAUCGCUCCCCGCCAACUCCUACCUACGCGUUAAGGCCCAGGCAGAAUGUCCCCUUCCGGAUGAAGCCGUCCCUGAUACCUUCUUCCGCUAGAACCGCUCACUUCCUUCUCCCUGUGUCUCACGUUGCCGGGAGCACUUACUCUGCCGUUGGGACACUGUUUGUGCUCCUGGUAACCUACCCUUCGUGGGGAGCCCCUGGAGGGUGGAGGUCAUUCCCCUUCAUCCAGCCGUGCGGCCAGCACCCAGCAGACGCUGCACGAGUGUCCCCGAAGUUACUGUGUUUGUCAAAAGACUAAGAAGAAAGACACACCUUUCCAACAUGGCAAAGACCCUGAGAAUGGUGCUGAAAAACAGCAGAAGAGUCAGCAUCCUGAAGUUGGAUCUACACGCCAUCCUCCAUCAGGGCGCUUUGGAUAUUUCCAGGAAAGCCCUGACAAGUAACCCGAGCGGCGCUGACGCCCUGGAGGAGACCACAGAGGUCACCUGGGAUACAAAUACCUACUGGGAAAUUCUGCUCUACCGCUCACAAUCUUUGGGUUUGUUUUGUCUGUUGAUAGGUUUGAGCAGUUUGAUUUCUUUGCUGGGGGCGUCAACAGACCUCAGAGUAUUCCUGAAUUGUCUGUCUUCAAAUCUCCAGACAUUUGUCUUCCAGCCGAGCAGAAGCACAGAGGAGUUUAUCAGAUUGGCCGCCAGCUUCCAGCUGAGAUGGAAUUUCCUGCUCACGGCUGUGAGCAAAGCUAUGACCCUCUGGCACAGAGACAGCUUCGGCUCCUGGCAUCUGUUUCAUUUGCUGCUUUUGGAAUAUGUGAUUCACAUACUUCAGUCGUGCAUAGAGGAGGACGAGGAGGACGGUGACGUGGGAAAUCUCAAGGAGAUGCUACCAGAUGACCAGCCUCUUCUCCCACCAGACCAGGAACUCUCCUGCCCUCCAGACCCCUCCCCAGCUCAGGAGCGUAGAAGCCCGAGUGCAGAUCCCCCCCGGGUGACGCUGAGACACAAGGGUCAGAGCCACUGUGCCACGGAGGGCAGCAGUGUGGUCGUCACGGUGCCGGGCUUCCUGGUGGACGUCGCCACGGGCAACGAGCUCAUCCAGGUAUUAUUGGAAGGUAAGGCCACUGAAAGCACCAUCAAACUCAACCUUCCUCUGGAACGAGAAACCCUCAUAACCCUGAAAGAUGGACAAAAAUUUGUGAUUCACGUAUCGGAUGUAUCCCAGAGCUCUGAGAAUAUUUAUUUUAGGGACAGUAAUGCUGACACCUAAGAUUAUUUAUUUGACCAGGACCUGAGAAAACAUAGAUUUUCCAUUCUUAAGAUUGCGGUAAAUGCUAAAGCUUUUGUACUGAUGAGAAAGAAGAUUUUACGUACGUGAGAGAGGUAGCACUAUUUUCUGUUUUAUAUGUAUUUCAAGGGGUUGGUUUUGAUGAAUCAUGUGAACUAAUAUGGAGAAUACUUUUUGCCUCUGUUGCUUUCCUUUGGGGCUUUCCCAGUAUUUCUGUGGGGACUAAAGAGAAAUUUGAGGAAUCUUGUUGGUAGUAAAAACAUGAUCGUUCUCCAGAGAAAGAUAAAGUUUACAGAAUAGCAGCUGGUACAAGCAGUCAAAGGCCCAUGGUAGUAUUUUUCUUCCCCUUGGUAAGUGCCCCAGUCAACACAGAAUUGGGAGAGAGAUCCCCUCAGGCAGUGAGCAAAGGAAAAAACUCAGUUAUUUGAGAGGGCCGUUAGACUCACUGGUCCAUUAAAGCGUCCCAGCUUCGCUUGGGUCACGCGGCACUGUUCUUAAAGCUGUGUAGAAUUACGAAUCCAACAACGUCUGCAACGAACGAGGAUGUCCUCCUGAUGCUCUGUUCCCCUCUAGCAAAAUCCUUAAAAAAAUCUCGAAACUAGGCAUAGAUCACUGUUGAA